GAGAGAGAGAGAGAAACAAGACAGAUAUGACAGAUAGAGCAGAGAAAGAAAGAGAAAGGGUUAAGAGGCGGAGGAGGACGGACGGAGGGAAGGAUGGAGAAAGCAAAUGAAAGGGGUGGGAGUGGCUCCUUGUUGUAGCGUCCGAUCAACGAAAUUUUCGUUCUGUGAGUACAUCGUUAUACGGGGUGCCCACUACGGAUGGGAUCGGCCGAUCGGGCCGAUCGCCCGACUCGAUCGCCUCAAAAGUUGUUGCCUGCUUUCUUGCUAACUGUGGAGAUUCCGAGUACUCCGCUAUUCUUGUUGACUGUUCUGAUUAUUGAGAAAUUGGAGAGCAUUGGUUUGGAUUAAACGGUUCUGUCCAUCAACUGAUAUAAAGUAGAGUGGUUUGCAAAACGGUUGUUUAGCCAACAAACGUUGACAUACUGCUUUUGGAUGUUUUAAAUGUUGUGUGCAAGAUAAUUGUUUCACAAACAUUUUGGUCGAACUUAUAGAGUGGAGUAAAUUUGUCAACAAAUACCAAACACGGAAAUAGCCCAUGGACAUGCGCAGUGAUGUUUUGAACCGCCAUUGACAAUAAUCUGAAUGGAGUGUCUGAUGCCAAUGGGAGUAGCACUGGUCGCACCAAGUAACGAGAAGAACGUGAUGGAUAAGGAGUGUGCAAAAGUAUAGUUUACCAAUGUCUGCGACACUGGCCUUAUUCAGGAAGACUGCCGGGCAUGGCGACAUUAAAAAGUCGGCUCAGAAAGUCGCAGACACGAAAAAAGACACCGUAACUCGUCUGAAACAUCUUCGUCUUGUUCUUGAUAACUAUGAGAUUCAAGAUGCGAAGAAAUUUUUCUUGGAAAAUUAUUCUCAUAUUUACUACAUUUUUUAUGACAACUUCGGAACCGUGGAAGCAGACUUGAAGCAAAGAGCAAACAAAGCCCACAGGGAGGAACUAGAAGCCAUCCUAUUCAUUUUUGAGAAAAUCUUGUUCUUGCUACCAGAGAUUGUUCACAAGCGAUGGAUGUUCCACAGCAUAGGUCGGAUUAUCAAAAAGCUGAUUCAUCCUGGGAACAGCUUGCAGCUCCGGCGCCAGGGCGUGCGUCUGUUCCUGGUGUGGUACCAGUGCCUACAGGAGAAUGCCAGCGAGGAAUGUCACCGCAUCUUCCUCUCGCUGGUGCCGGGGCUCGGCGACGGGCCCGACCUCAUGACCUUGAUGACCGACAACACGGCCUCGGCUGACAAUAUCGGUGGGAUCAUCGCUGCAGGAGAGAUCACGGCUAUUCUCCCAAGUCAGUCGGAAAAAAUCCCAGAGAAUGUGACGAAAUACUUCCUGGACAAUUUGCUCAAUUACAUGGUGUCUGAGGUGAUCAAAGUGGAAUGGAUGAACUCCGAGAUGAGGGAGCAGAGUUUUCACUUCCUUUUCACCAAGUUCAAGGCCAAAUAUCUUCACUGGUUGCUCCCCGACUUCGUGUACAGAGACAUCUACGACCCGAUUCAAGAACUGCCGACGGCGCGGAGCAAGGAGGACAUGAGGAAGAAAGACGAGCCAUCUGCCGUGUCGGAGUGCCGCGACUCCUUCAUCUUCUGGCUGGCCAACUUCACCGUCACUAGUCACAAGCCUGAUCCAGAGCUGCACAAGGGUCUGUCCUGCUCUCUGCUGACGGAGCCUUCCUCUCACACGGGAGAGUCGCGGGACAGCGGGCCGGGGAGAGGGGAGGAGGAGGAGGAAGGGGAGGACAGCAAGCUGGCACUGCCGGGGAGUAAAGGGAGCUCGUUGUCGGCUGAGGCGGGGCAGAACGAGAAGGAGGCGGCGUGUGGCGACUGGCACAGCGUGUCCGAGUACGACAUCGUCCGUGCCGUGCUCUACUCCACCCGCGAGAACGUCAACAUUGUGCACGAGUGUUUUAGACAGGCCCUGCUGCAGUCCUUCAAACACACGGCCGCCAUACGGAAGGUGAUCAGUGUCUACAAGGAAUGGUUUCAACGUGAAGAAGACCGUCCUGUGUUCAUGCUGGAGCCAAUGGCCAGCGAGCGAGAUCUCAGCGGCGGUGUGGACGGGGCGUGCGAGGAGUCGCCCCUGGACGGUCUGAGGCCCGGCAGCCUGGAGUUCCAUCACAGCUCGCUCUCCGAUAUAGUGGAGGAAGAUAGAAACUUCAUGGAUGUGGAGCUAUGUAAGCGAGUGAUGAACAUCUACCGACAUGUGGUCAUGAACGUGGAGAUGAACCAGCUCACUUGGGAGCUCAUGUUGAAAGUGCUGCUGAAAAUCACGUCUGGCGUCCUGAAAAAAAAUCCUCCGGAAGAGAGAUACCGCACCCUGGGAGGUCGUCUGGCACAGCCCAUUCUGCAGACGCUGAUCGUGACGUGGACGAAGGCCAACCUGAACGUGCUGGUGACGGCCUCGCUGUGGGACGAGUUCCUGGCCGUCCUCUCCUCCCUCACCUCCUGGAAGGAGUUGAUCCACGAGUGGUCGAAAACUAUGGAGACGCUGACCCGUGUGUUGGCCAGACAGGUGUACGGCCUUGACCUGAAUGACCUCCCCCUGGAGAGACUGAGCGAACAGAAGGAGAAGAGGAGGAGAGGAAGAGAAUCGACCAAAGGCAAGCCCUCCUCCUCCACCACCACCUCCACCUCGGCCAAAGCCGUCCCUCGCUUGGACAAGAGUUUUUCCCGUGGCCUGAGCGGCAGCGACGGACAUCCCAUCAACCCGCUGCGCAGCUCCACCAACAGCGCCCCCUCCCCCGAGACCUCGGCCUCCUUCGACCGGGGGACCAAGUACAAGAGUGAUGGUGCAGGUGGAAAAGUGCGCCCGGAUUUGUCCAAACAAAAGUCGUUGAGCGGGGAGCCAAGCCCGUCCCACUCGCGGUGCCCGUCCACGUCCACCGAGUGUCUGGUGCGCUCCAGCAGUGAGGGGAACAUCGCCGCAGACCCACACGAGCUGCUGGAGAAACUGAGAGCCUCCAAUAGCCCCUGUGCCCCGGACGAUGGGGACGAACAGACGGAGACGGACUCAGAUUUGGGCAAAUCCGCAGCAAAUGAUCCGGGCGGUGUUGUCAGGUCCUCAGGUGCUAGCGCAGCGGUGGAGGACGUGGAAGUGGCAGAGAUCACGACCACGUGCACGGCCGAGCUGAGCAGCAUGAUGGGGCCACACUCGGUCGUACGACAGUCCAGCCUGGAGGAGGGAUUUGACCGCUCAGACCACGACAUGACCAGAGGCACAGGGUCAAGGACAUCGUCGGCCUGCUCCAUGCACUCGGCACGGUCCAAGUCUGGCAGCCGCUCCCCGUCCCCGCCCCUGCUCAACUCAACGGACAAUCACAAGGACAGCCCCACCCCGGACAGAGACUCGCUGCACAUCGACAUCACGGGGCCGGAGGAUGCCAACAGUAACAGAGGUUUAGAAGUGUCCGUGGACUCCCUGGAUGAGCUGAAGAGCAUCAUGGCGGGCGGGAAGGUGCUGGGCUGGACGCCGGACGUGGCCGUGGUUCUGUGGCAGAGGAUGCUGGGAAGUCUGGGCGACGUCAACAAGAUGGAGGACCCAGACAUACACUUCUCCGUCUUUGACGAGCUGGCUGAGCUCAUGGACACGCUGUGUCGGAUGAGCGACAAUCUCGGGGUGACCCAGGACAACAUGUCCUCCCCUCCCCCGCCUGAGCUCAUACCCCCGCUACAUAUCUUCUCCUCCUGGCUGUUCCAGUGCCUGACCCUGAGCAACAAGUUCAAGCACGGCAAGCUGAUGGCCUACCAGCUGAUCUGUCAGAUGAUGCUGCGGAGACACGAGGUCAUGCCCUCCCAGCAGCUGCUCUCUCACUUCUACCUGGUGCUGCACACGGGGCUGGUCUCUGCUGAUCAGGAUAUUGUGAACGUUCUAGUCCGGGACUGCGGUCCCAAAUUUUUCUCCCUGUGUCUCCCCGGCUGUCUGUUGUUGACCCUGGACUUCAUCAAAGCUGCAGGCAGCAUCAUCUCUGCCGUGGACUACAAGGAGGUCAGUUACCUCAUGGGAGGAUGAUAGUUUGUGGCCACG